AUGAAUGCCAAACUAACUCAUACCUUGCUGACCUUCCUUCUGCUCUCACCCAGCCUCCUUCCCCCUUUCUCUGCAGGAACCGCAUACGUGAACGCCAAAGCCUAUGAGAGAGGACUGCCAGACUCUAUGCUACCGGUAGCGGCAUACGUGAAUGCCAACGCCUAUUCAAACGCGCUGCCGGAUGUCUAUGCUGCCUGCCAGGCAGCGGCAUACGUGAAUGCCAACGCCUAUUCAAACGCGCUGCCGGAUGUCUAUGCUGCCUGCCAGGCAGUAGCGGCAUGCGUGAAUGCCAACGCCUAUUCAAACGCGCUGCCGGAUGUCUAUGCUGCCUGCCAGGCAGCGGCAUGCGUGAAUGCCAACGCCUAUUCAAACGCGCUGCCGGAUGUCUAUGCUGCCUGCCAGGCAGCGGCAUACGUGAAUGCCAACGCCUAUUCAAACGCGCUGCCGGAUGUCUAUGCUGCCUGCCAGGCAGUAGCGGCAUGCGUGAAUGCCAACGCCUAUUCAAACGCGCUGCCGGAUGUCUAUGCUGCCUGCCAGGCAGUAGCGGCAUGCGUGAAUGCCAACGCCUAUUCAAACGCGCUGCCGGAUGUCUAUGCUGCCUGCCAGGCAGCGGCAUACGUGAAUGCCAACGCCUAUUCAAACGCGCUGCCGGAUGUCUAUGCUGCCUGCCAGGCAGUAGCGGCAUGCGUGAAUGCCAACGCCUAUUCAAACGUGCUGCCGGAUGUCUAUGCUGCCUGCCAGGCAGUAGCGGCAUACGUGAAUGCCAACGCCUAUUCAAACGCGCUGCCGGAUGUCUAUGCUGCCUGCCAGGCAGUAGCGGCAUGCGUGAAUGCCAACGCCUAUUCAAACGCGCUGCCGGAUGUCUAUGCUGCCUGCCAGGCAGCGGCAUACGUGAAUGCCAACGCCUAUUCAAACGCGCUGCCGGAUGUCUAUGCUGCCUGCCAGGCAGUAGCGGCAUGCGUGAAUGCCAACGCCUAUUCAAACGUGCUGCCGGAUGUCUAUGCUGCCUGCCAGGCAGUAGCGGCAUACGUGAAUGCCAACGCCUAUUCAAACGCGCUGCCGGAUGUCUAUGCUGCCUGCCAGGCAGCGGCAUGCGUGAAUGCCAACGCCUAUUCAAACGCGCUGCCGGAUGUCUAUGCUGCCUGCCAGGCAGGAGCGGCAUACAUGAAUGCCAAUGCCUAUGCGAGCACACUGCCUGAUCUCUAUGCUGCCAGGAGCGGCAUCCGUGAACGCCAACGCCUAUUCAAGCACGCUGCCGGGCCUCUACGCUGCCUGCCAGGCACGUUGGGAGCGGCAUAUGUGAACGCCAACGCCUAUUCAAGCGCGCUGCCGGACCUCUAUGCUGCCAGGGCCAUGGCUCCGCAGCUCUUCAAGCCGCACCUCUUCCUCGGCUUGGCGCUGACAGCAACAGGGGCACCGUUUGAAGCAGUGAAGAGCUAUGAGACAGCAAUGGCCAUGAAUCCAGAUGUAAAGGAGGGGUGGACGAACUGGGGGCAGACAAUGAAGGAGAUCGCCAUGUUCAACGAGUCAGAGAGAUGCUAUAAACGCGCCCUUGAUGUGGAUAAGGGCUUCCUGCUGGCGUACAAGCUGUGGGCGAAGCUGAGGCACACCGUGGGCGACCACAGGGGGGUGAUCCGCCUGCUGCAGGAGGGGCUGAAACACCACCCAAACAACGUGGAGUUGCGAUACUUUGAGGCCUCCUGCUUCCAUGCCACGGGGGAUUUUUCCCAGGCUGUGAGGCUCUACGACAGCAUUCUCUCGCUGCAAACGUCUGGAGAUGAGCGGUUCCAGUACCUCGCUUUCUACCAGCGUGAGAUAGCGGCAUACAUGGCAGUCAACGUGAACGCGCCCUUCUCUCACUUCAGCCUUGAUGACCAUUUCAACCGCGUCUUCAAGGCAAGAUCCGAGUCUUCCCACCUGCCGUAUGUGCACGGCACACGAUGUAUGCAUGCACCUCUCCCUCACUCGCGCAUCCCUCACUUGCCCUUCUCUCACUUCAGCCUGGACGACCACUUCAAUCGCGUCUUCAAGGCAAGAUUUGUGUCUUCCCACCUGCCAAUCAUCAUGCAAGGCAAUUUCUCCAGUGCCCAUUCUUCAAUUGCAGUCAAUACAUUGAAGUUCCCUCUUCCCUCCUUCCCCUCCGCCUCCACCUUGAAACAGGAAGGACAUUCAAGCCGGGUUUCUGUGCUCUCCAUGCUUCCCUCACUACCCACUCACUGCACAUAUCCCAUCUCCCACCCACCACAGGAGGGCUGGGCCAACGCACAGUUCCCAGGGCACCUACUGUCCAGGGGCUAUCAGAUGCAGGACAUUCAAGCAGUGUUCCUGUGCUCCCCAUGCUUCCUCACUACCCACUCACCCACUGCACCCAUCCCCUUCCCCACCCCGUCUCUUCAGGAGGGCUGGGCGAAUGCGCAGUUUCCAAGGCACCUACCCUCCAGAGGGUAUCAGAUGCAGGACAUUCAGGCAGUGUUCCUGUGCUCCCCAUGCUUCCUCACUACCCACCCACCCACUGCACCCAUCCCCUUCCCCACCCCGUCUCUUCAGGAGGGCUGGGCGAAUGCACAGUUUCCAGGGCACCUACCCUCCAGAGGGUAUCAGAUGCAGGACAUUCAGGCAGUGUUCCUGUGCUCCCCAUGCUUCCUCACUACCCACCCACCCACUGCACCCAUCCCCUUCCCCACCCCGUCUCUUCAGGAGGGCUGGGCGAAUGCACAGUUUCCAGGGCACCUACCCUCCAGAGGGUAUCAGAUGCAGGACAUUCAGGCAGUGUUCCGCGUGCGGCGGCAGCAGCACCGGCGCAAGGGGGAGAAGCGCUUCGAGGCGAACCGAGCGGCGCUGCUAAAGCAGGCUGAUGAGAUUGGGCGGCUGGUUCAGUACAACACCACGGGGUUCCUUGGUAACAUGCGGCAGCAACGAGCAGCAGGGCUGGCUGCUCUGGACAUCAUGCAGACAGUGCGAAAGGCGUGGAGGGAUUGGAUGAAGAGCGGGCAGGUGGACAGAAGCAGCAGUGCGGAGGAGGUGGAGGAGGGGGUGGGGGUGGGGUGGAGGGACGUGUACGGCAUGGGAGUGAGAUGGCGCCAGAUUGCCGAACCUAACGACCCCAUCGUGUGGAUCGACGGCCUCACGCGGGAAGCAUUCGAAACCGGGUUUGGUUCGGUCACGCCGAUGGUGUCCGGGCAGACUCGAAACAUUCGCUACUCCAUGAAUGCUGACCGUGCGUUCAAGAUCGUACGGCAGGAGAUGCUGCAUCACGGCAAGGUGUACGGCGAGCGCGACGAGGAGAUCCCGCUCAGCCAAGCGGAUCUGAAAAAGGUGUGUGGUGCUUGA